AUGGUCACUCUACCAAUUCUACACUUCAACGAUGUCUAUCGCGUGCAGCCGUUUAAGCCAUCGCCGUCGGCGAAAGACACCAUCGAUGUCACGCAGUGGACAGCUAUGCUGGACAAUAUACGCGAGCAAUGGGCUCAGCGGCCAGAUGGGAAGAGAGAGGGGCUAGUUCUCUUCUCAGGAGAUGUGUUCUCGCCGUCCACCGAAAGCUCUGUAACUCGAGGGAGCCAUAUGGUCCCAGUCGUGAACGAGAUCGCUCCAGACGUCUCUGUAACAGGCAAUCACGAUUUUGAUUUCGGAUACCCACACUUGUCAGAGCUCAUCCGGGACACAACUUUCCCUUGGCUACUCAGCAAUAUCGUUGACACCGAGACGAGUCGGGUCCCAGAGUAUCUGCUGGAGUAUGCCGUCUUAGAGAGGCUCGGAGUCCGUAUUGGUGUGAUCGGACUGGUUGAGAAAGAAUGGAUUGCGACUGUCCCUUCUUGGCCGUCGAACUUCAAAUACAGAGACAUGGUCGAAGUGAGCGUGGAGCUAUCGAAGCGGCUACGAGACCCGAAUGGCGAGCACAAGUGCGAUGUGAUCUUUGCAUUAACCCAUGCUCGCAUACCCAGUGAUGUCAAACUCGCGAAAGACCUCAACGCCCAUUCUCCGGCCGUCCAAGACCAGAACUCAACAGCUACGAAGCACGGCGUGGAUCUGAUUAUGGGUGGCCAUGAUCACCUCUACUACAUCUCCAAGGGCGUCACUUCCUGGGAGGGAUAUGACGUGAACCUCGAGGUGCUUGGGGCAGAAGAAGACCACGGAGACGUGCUUGUGGUCAAGAGUGGGACUGACUUCCGUGAUCUCAGUGAAUUCACCCUCGAGCUUCAGAAUACUCCGGAAGGCAGCGUCCGAAAGAAGCUCAUCAAGAGCAUCCAAGGUAAGAGACACAGGACGCAACCAGGGAGUCAAUCGAGCGAGCGCAUGACCAAGCUCCUGGAGGGGUUGUUACAGUCAGUGUCAAAAACGUUAAAGGCCCCAGUCUGCAAAACCGAAGUUGAGCUGGACUGCCGUUCGGCUAAGGUCCGGAUCCAGGAGUCGGCCUCAGGCAAUUGGUUCGCUGACGUCCUCAGACAUGCAUACGACGAUUCACUGUGUCUGAAAGGCUACAACGGGACUAAUGGUGUCUUCAUCUGUGGCGGUACUAUUCGUGGCGAUUCGGUCUACGGCCCUGGUGUAGUCACUCUCGGUGAUAUCCUGGAAAUUCUGCCGUUUGAGGAUCCGAUCAUCGUGCUUGAGAUAGACGGCGAGACUCUUUGGGCUGCGGUCGAGGCUGGUCUGCAGACAUGGCCUGCCCAAGAGGGCCGAUUCCCAAUCAUCUCUGGGUUCCGUGUCUCCUGGGACUCUCGCCGCCCGGCCGGUCAACGUGUGCUAGGGGUGUGGCUCACCCAAGAGCCCUCCGGUGGUACGGUACAGGAGACGAACAGCCCCACAGGAGGGCUUGUAGACCGAGAAGAAGUCAAGCGUGUCAAGGGCGGCCGGAAAUACUGUUUCGUUACACGAGAAUACAUGGCUCAAGGACACGACGGAUACGAGGCGUUCAAAAAUCAGAAGUAUCUCAUUGAUGACGAGAGCGGUCAGAUGAUGAGUACUAUCGUCCGAAAAUACUUGCUCGGCUGCCGUUUCAUUCAACAUAUGUCCCGCAUGGAGUCUCAGGAGCGCAUUGAGAGACUCCUCAACGUGGCGACGAACGAAGUCAUCGACCGCGAGAAGAACCGACAAGACCGCUACCUCAAAUACGCAAAACCAAGCAUUGCCGGCAAGUGGCGCCAUGCGGCACUCAGGGCACUGCGCUGGUCGCGAGGACACUACAAGGACCACAUCCGGAUUACGGAGAAGGAACACAUGAGCAUUGUAGACUGUUUUGAUGGAGGUAGCAUCCGCAAGCGCAAGCCGCAUGUUCAGCAGGAAGAGCAGGAAAGUCUAGACGUUUCGGAGGAAGACUUGGUCACUAUACACCCCAUCGUCGAUGGACGGUUCAAGGACGAAGGAAGAAACUAG